AACUAAUCAGAAGUUAUGGAAAACUUCAAAUCUGGAAUACUGGAUGAUGGACAACAAAGUGGACAGCAAAAAGACAGUCUGUCUGGGACAAUCUACUCCGGUGCUCCCACAUCACUGAUCAUCAUGUUUUCCUGGACUCUGUGCGUCCUACUGCUUCUCCUUCUCCUUGGUUACCUCCUUCUCCACUUAACGCGCUCUUCUUAUUUCCUCGAUGAGCUCCACUUUGUCCUGACUCAGCUCAGAAACAGACGCUCCACAAUGAAGUACAUAAAAACCAACUACACCAUCCUGGACAAGUUUUUGGACGCGGUGAAGACGCACCCGGACAAACCCUUCAUCCUGUUUAGAGAGCAGACCUUCACCUACCAGGAGGCGGAUGCGCUGAGCAGCAGAGCCGCCAGAGUGCUGCUGCAGAGCGGGCAGCUCAGAGAGGGCGACACGGUGGCUCUGAUGCUGGCGAACGAGCCAAUGUUUGUGUGGCUGUGGCUGGGUUUGGUGAAGAUCGGCUGCUCGGCUGCUUUUCUUAACUACAACAUCAGAUCCAAGUCUCUGCUGCACUGUUUUCACCGCACUUCAGCCAAAACCCUGGUGGCUGCUGUAGAAUUGCAGGAUGCUGUGGAGGAGGUUCUACCCAGUCUGUUAGAGCAGCAGGUCAGAGUUUACCUCCUGACGGACACUUGUCAGAUCACAGGUGUGGAGAGCUUCAAGGACAAAAUGAGCCGUGUCUCCCCUGAGCCUCUAGCCAAGGAUUUAAGAUCACAUUUAACCCUGCAGAGUCCAGCAACCUACAUAUACACAUCUGGGACCACAGGUGUUCCCAAAGCUGCCAUGAUUACUCAUGGGAAACUGUGGGCCAUGUCCUUCCUUCAGCAUUUGUCAGGAGUCAACUCCAGAGAUGUCUUCUACGUUUCCCUUCCUCUGUAUCACAGCACAGGCUUCAUUAGUGUCACUGGAGCCAUCGAGAGGGGUAUCACAGUGGCUCUGAGGAGUAAGUUUUCUACCUCACAGUUUUGGGAAGACUGCAGAAAAUAUAAUGUGACUGUCAUUCAGUACAUUGGUGAAACCAUGCGCUACCUCUGCAACACUCCUCGGAAACUCGAUGAUCGUAACCACAGAGUGAGACUUGCCAUAGGUAAUGGAAUACGAGCGGACGUGUGGAGAGAAUUCAACAACAGGUUUGGAAACAUCGACAUCAAAGAGUUCUACGGAGCAACAGAAGGAAAUCUGUUACUGAUGAAUUACUUUGGGAAAGUCGGGGCUGUGGGACGACUGGGCGUUCUCACCAAGAUGUUGUCUUCAUAUGCUGUCAUUAAAUAUGACCUGGACAAAGAAGAGCCUUUGAGGGAUUUAUCUGGCUUCUGUAUAGAGGCUGACAAAGGUGAGCCUGGUCUGUUGGUGUCUAAAAUAACAGCCAGGACUCCGUUCAGUGGUUAUGCUGGAGACCUGCAGCAGUCAGAGAAGAAGAAGCUUCACAAUGUCUUUGAGAAAGGAGACAUGUUCUUCAACACUGGGGACCUGCUGUCCAUCGACGCAGACAAUUUCAUCUACUUUCAAGAUCGAGUUGGAGACACAUUCAGGUGGAAGGGAGAAAAUGUGGCCACUACAGAGGUCGCUGAUGUCAUCACGUUGGCUGACUGCAUCAGAGAAGCCAACGUAUAUGGAGUCAAAGUAGCAGGUCAUGAGGGCAGGACUGGGAUGGCUGCUGUCACACUAAGAGAUGGGAACAAAUUCAAUUCUACAGCCCUUUAUAGACAUGUAGAAAAUUUACUGCCAGCCUAUGCAAGACCACGAUUUGUAAGAAUUCAGAACUCCUUAGCGACAACUGGGACAUACAAGCUUAAGAAGGCUGAGCUGGUGCAGGAGGGAUUUGACCCAAACCUAAUAUCAGAUCCACUCUACUUUCUAGAUGAAAAGAAAAAGAAUUACGUCCCACUCACAGUGGACAUCUUCAAUGAUGUGACAUCAGGACAAAUUAAAAUUUGAAACUUCAGUGGGAUCACAUUAAAACACAUUAGGUGGAUUUCUAAUUUAUGUCCACAUCUGUGUCAGAACUUGUAUUCCAACAAUAGUUUCACAUGUGAUUUUUCACACGGUAUAACUGCCAUACUCCUGCAGAGAACAUGUUUGAUCCUGUCCACUGAAAGUGACAAACAUAUGGUAUAUGAUAACCACUUAUCACUAUGUGAGUCAUCAGCUUGGAAUCCAAAAAAUACAGCAUUGUUGUGAUAACACAGUUUUUACCACAAAUUAAAAAAACCUCUGAUCCGUA